AUGAAACCCGAAAACGUGUUAUGUGUGACCAGAACUGGAAAUCGGAUUAAGUUAAUCGACUUUGGAUUAGCCCGUCGUUACAAUAAGAGUGACAAAUUACAAAUACUUUUCGGUACUCCGGAGUUCGUGGCGCCCGAAGUGGUCAACUUUGAAGAAGUUGGAUUCACUACCGAUAUGUGGGCCGUUGGUGUCAUCUGUUAUGUUCUUCUUUCCGGUUUAUCGCCAUUCAUGGGAGACAGCGAUUUGGAAACAAUGGUAAACGUGACGAGAGCUGAGUUUGAUUUCGACGACGACAGCUUCGAUAUCAUCUCCGAAGAGGCGAAAGACUUUAUCUCUCAUCUACUCGUUAUGGACAGGGACCAACGCAUGAAUGCCAGACAGUGUCUGAACCACCAGUGGUUGCGGGUGAGUGUGACGCCGACGCCCCCACCAGUUCCAGGUUUAGAUGAGGGCACACUUUUUGAGAAAGGAAAGAAGAAACGACAGAACGAACAGUCACUCGACAAGAAGAGACUCAAGAAAUUUGUUAUACGCCGGCGAUGGCAGAAAGCCGUUAAUGCAAUUCUGGCACUCAAGAGGAUGGGAGUUCGACAUAUAGAUAACAUUAAUAAUAAUAAUAUCAAUGACAUAAUGAUGAGAAAGUUCCAAAAAACACUAACCACUACUACGGGUAGGGCUAAUAAAUGGCGCCACAAUCAGAUACUACGGUUCUUGCCUUUCUGUAUACAUUCUUAA